AGGCGUUACAUCUCCACCGCAUUCAUCUCCCUCUUGAAACCCAGCAUCAGAAGAAAAAAAAAAGAGCAAACAGAGAAAAUGUGUGGAGGUGCAAUAAUUUCCGAUUUUGCCCCUAACGUCACCAAGGCCAAGGGUAGGAAACUCACGGCGGAGGAACUCUGGUCCGAACUCGAUGCUUCCGCCGCCGACGAUUUCUGGGGUUUCCACCCCACCUUCAAGACUCAAUCCACCAACCAACAAGUGACGUUGGAAGAGGAGGAGACGGCGGAGAAGGAGCCGCCGACGGAGAAACGGAGGAAGAGGAAGAACGUUUACAGGGGGAUACGUAAGCGACCGUGGGGAAAAUGGGCGUCAGAGAUUCGAGAUCCAAGAAAAGGCGCAAGAGUCUGGCUUGGGACGUUCAACACGGCGGAGGAAGCCGCCAUGGCUUACGACGUUGCGGCGAAGCGGAUCCGCGGCCAUAAAGCCAAACUCAACUUCCCCGACCAUCCUCCUCCUACUCCUACUCCUAGUCCUAUUGCUCCUCUAGCAUCGUCUCCAGUGUCAGAAGUUCAGCCUCCGGCGAAGAAGCUCUGCGUUGUCUCUGAGAACGAGUUGACUCAGCCGAGCUUCCCGGUGGAGUGCGGUGGAUUCGGGAACGGGGACGAGUUUCAACUGGACUACGAUCUGAAACAGCAGAUAUCGAGUUUGGAGUCAUUCCUUGAGCUGGAUGGUGACACGGUGGAGCAAGCGGGUCAGCUGGACGAGUCCGUCUCCGAGGUGGAUAUGUGGAUGAUUGAUGAUGUCAUCGCGUCGUAUCAGUAGAAACGUUAUAUUAUAAGUAGAAAUAAUUAAAUAAAGUUUGUAAUAAUAACUGCCGUUACGUUCUAAUAAGGUUUGUAAUGUGAUGACAUGAGCGACUGAUGUUAUUAAUCUGUUGUCGUUUGUAAUGUGUGGGCGUUCUUGUGACUCAUUUCGAGCGUUACAUUUACGGUUUGUGGUAUUGUUA